CUGUCUCAAUCGCCGCACGGCGCGCGGCGGCGACCGCCAGCUUCACAUAUGCAGUGCGCCGUGUGUCCUUCCAGCCCCGCAGCGAUGGCUCUGAGCCUACCCUGCAGCCACGUGAUGUGCGCCUCGUGUGCGGCGUCGGCGCUGGGCCGCACACGCCGCUGUCCUGUGUGUGACGCAACCGCCACGUCAGCAGCGCCUGCAGAGCCGUCAGCGAGCACAGUUGUCAUCAAGCACAAUGGCGCCGCCUUUACUCUCGGCGUCGUGGACGAUGAGCCGCUCUAUCCGCUGUGCGUCUCUGUGUGGCGCUACCCCGCUGGCCGCGUCAAGCUCAUCUCGCGCGGCACGGUGCUAAAGCGGGAGGAGGCGCGUGCAGUCCCAGGCAUGGUGCUGCAGUUGAUGGCAUCCAGCGGCGCGAUCGAGCCAGUCGCGAUCCCUAGACUGCGGGUGCGAUCCGCGGAGUGGUGGGAGGCGGCCACCGGCUUCCUGCGAGCGACGUGGACGGCACUGCCCGCCCGCGGCCACUGGCUGUCGUGGAUGUGGCGGUUGGUGAGUACCGUCACCCUCUUCUUUCGCUCCCUCAUCGCACCGAUGCCUCCGCCGGCACCUCGCGAAGGGCCGCGGUAGGGGAGAUAUUGCAGUCGCAGUGGCCGCCCUGCGCGUGAGCGUUUUCGCGCGGCUGCGAGAGCCUCUCAGCCGCGCGCGUACUUUUCUCGAAUCACAGUCAGCCGCGCUCGCGCCCUAGUGGCGCGUUCGAGAGAUUUUGCAUUUUCCUUCAGCAGGAGAUAAAUAUGGCGAUGGAGACGAGGGACGUGCUCGUCUCGCGCAGGACCCGGAGCCGUUCGACUGGGCACGCCGAAUCAUGGGGCGACGCCGUGGCGGUCUCUGCAGCAGUGUGCAAUUCGUCAUGGACCGCGGACAGCUCAACCUCAGCGUCCGCCGCCGCCAUACCGCAGGCCGCAGCAGUUGCUGCUACGGGCGGCUGCGCUGCUGACGGGCUGCGGGCGGUGUGCGGCGCGUUGGCAAUGUGCCCGGCGGUCCGUUCACGUUCACAGUUUGGGAUAAGAAACGCUGAAACGCGACAGUGGGGGCGAAUCACACAGAGGGACGGCGCCUCAUCAUAAGCAGAACGCCCCACAUAACUCGCCGCUACGCGUGAGAGUCUCUUUCCGCGGGUGUGAUAAGUGAAUCUUCAACUCGUACCAACCAG